AUGGUUUUUGGCCAUUCUUUACAUUCUGCCACUGUGAUGGCUUUAGCAGUAGCUAUAGGUCUGCAAGAAGGAACAGGAGGACCAACUUUUGCCAUUGCAAUUGUCUUGGCUUGUGUUGUUAUGUAUGAUGCCUCUGGGCUCAUACUUCAUGCUGGUCAACAAGCGGAAUUGUUGAACAAAAUUGUACGUGAAUUUCCUCCAGAACACCCUUUAUCCAAUUCCAGGCCUCUGCGUGAUUCACUUGAGCAUACUCCUCUUCAGGUUCUUGCCGGAGUCAUGUUGGGAUGCGUAGUAGCAUAUCUAAUGAAGAACUCCAAUUACGUGGGUGGCGGACCAUGCAGGAUCUAUGAGACUGAUUCAAUCUCUUUGUCAUCAGUGUGUGAUUAUAAUUAUAGUUUUAACAUGGUAUUCGAGCAAAAGUGGUAGAGAGUUUUUAGGUUAAAGCUUCUCUGUUUGCAUUUCUUCA